UGACUGUGAUUAAAAUGAACUCUUUUGACGUCUAUAAUUAUCUUUUUCUCCCUUUAAUUGCACUAAACUAUUAUUAUUAUUUGCAACGCUAAUUUUUCUCAGAUUAAAAUAUAAGUAGUACGGUGGAAAUGGAACCAUCUACAAUUGUAAACUCUCUGGUUGACAAUAUGACAUCUACAACUGUCAUUACAACUUCCAAUGAGGAAGUAGCUCCAAUAUUCUUGCAAAGACGAGCUGCUCAAGGUAUUGCUGGUGCAUUUGUUUGGGUUGCAUUAUUCUUAACAUGUCAACAGAUAUAUCAACACUUAAGGUGGUACACUAAUCCAGCGGAACAAAGGUGGAUAGUGAGAAUUUUAUUUAUAGUCCCAAUCUAUGCAACUUAUUCUUGGGUGUCUUUACUAUUUUUCAACAGUGAAAGUUAUUAUGUUUAUUUCUUUACUGUACGAGACUGUUAUGAAGCAUUUGUUAUAUAUAACUUCUUGUCUCUAUGCUACGAGUACCUGGGUGGUGAAGGAAAUAUUAUGUCUGAAAUACGUGGCAAACCUAUUCGUUCUAAUUGCCUAUAUGGAACAUGCUGUCUAGUUGGAAAAACAUAUACAAUUGGUUUUCUUAGAUUUUGCAAGCAAGCUACUUUGCAGUUUUGCUUAGUAAAACCUGUAAUGGCAUUUGUCAUUAUAUUCUUACAAGCAUUUGGACAUUAUAGAGAUGGAGAUUGGUCCCCAGAUGGAGGCUAUAUUUAUAUAACUAUAAUUUAUAAUAUCAGCGUAUCUCUUGCCCUCUAUGGACUUUUCCUCUUCUAUUUUGCUACAAGAGAUCUGUUAACACCAUUUGAACCUGUUUUAAAAUUUUGUACUGUUAAAAGUGUUAUUUUUCUCUCAUUUUGGCAAGGAGUGUUACUGGCAAUUCUUGAAAAGGCAAAUGUAAUUUCUCCUAUAAGUUUAGAUCAAUCAACCAGUGCAGGCACAGUUUCUGCUGGUUAUCAGAAUUUUUUGAUUUGUAUUGAAAUGUUAUUUGCUGCUAUAGCUUUACGCUAUGCAUUUCCUUACCAAGUGUAUUCAGCUGGUUGUGUUACGGAUUCAAGGGGAAGAAGUGUAACAAUGCAAAGCAUUAGCAGCAGUUUAAAGGAAACUAUGAAUCCAAAAGAUAUAAUGACUGAUGCCAUCCACAAUUUUCAUCCACAGUAUCAACAAUAUACGCAAUACAGUUCUGGAGCUCCCAAAGGACAACGUGGUAUGCGGAUAUCCAGUUUUGAUCCAGAUGAUCCACAGAAUAUGCCAAUACCACCGCCACAAAGACGGCACACUUCUCAUCAACGUGUUGCUACAAUUUCUCAAAAUUAUAAUGAGAAAACAAUGCUGCUGAGCAGUGAUGAUGAGUUCCAAUAAAUAUAAACAAUGGAUUGUGUACAAAAAAAAAAAGAAAAAAACGAAAAAGAACAUUAACGUUGGACUUCCGUGAAUCUAAUUUAAAAAAAAGAACACUAUGUAUACCGUUGAAUUGAUUACACGUCAUUAGGUAGGAACUUGACUCGCUCACAGAACAAAAAUGACAGAUAGGCAAACAAAUUGAGCGAUGUAAAAUCAUGCAUCGUGCUAUAAUAGUUCC